UACGGCAGGACCGUUCGCCAGGUGGUUCCUCCUGACGGUUUAUUCUUAGCAAUCAUCGCCCGUGCAGCAGCAACCAGCGGCGAUGAACAGCACGGCCUUGAAUACUACUUCCACUCGCAGCACACCUUCCGCGUUGGUGGGAUGGACGGCAGACCCUUCCGGUCGCGGCACCUUUGGGUUGAUCUCCAGCUGCCUGACGACCAUAUUCCUCUGCACCUGGGUGGUGAUCCACCCGCGGAUCUACCAGAAUGAAGUCUACGCGACGUUGCACAAGCUCGCCCUGUUCCUGAAGGCGAUUAUUGCCCCGGAGUUUAUUGCGGUAGAGGGGUUGCAGGAAUGGGCGCAAUGCCGGCGUAUGGAAGCCGACUGCGCCCGCAUGACCAAGGGGGAGCUCAAGCCCAUCCACGGCUUCUAUAUCAGCAUGCUGGCCCUGCGGUACCGGACACCGAAGGGGGACCGGGUGAUCUGGCCGAACCAGUACGCGUGGCUGCUCGAACAACGGCUCAUCGACUGGGAGGAACACGCCAGCUGGGGGCUGGCCGAGGAGGAUAUCCGCGACAAAAGCAAGACCGACAGUUUGGCCAAGCUGGCGGCGCUGGUCCAGGUGUCGUGGUUUGUGGCCCAGUGCGCCGCCCGUGGCGUGUACGGGCUCCCGUUGUCGCAGCUGGAGGCGAUGACCCUCGGAUAUAUCCCCCUCUUCAUCGUCACCUACUUCUUCUGGUGGGACAAGCCGAAGGACAUUCGGUCCCCGUCAAUUGUGGAGCUCCCCGACAUGACGGCGGGCCAGAGGCACACCUUCGAGCAGCUCGCCGUCAGCGACAAAUUCGACAACGAGGGGUCCAAGGCACAGAUGACGUACUGGAAUACCUGGUAUCUGACCCCACGCGUGUUCGAAAAGGAGGAAGAGGACCGGCAGGCCCAAGCCGCCCGCAAGAUGGCCCUCGGAGGCGCAGCCAGGGAGACGGAUCACGCGGGGUGGAGGGGGCAGGCUAAUAGUGAAGAGCACCUCCUCCCGGUGGAGGAUCCGUGGCUGGUCGGGCGAAAGGAGGUCGUGGUGUCGCACUGGGACCCGCAGUUGUACCGGUCGAAGAUCUGGCCCCUGGCCUGUUUGUUCGGCAUUUCCUUCGGCGCCUUGCACCUGGCCUGCUGGAAGACGGUGUUCCCGACGGCGGUGGAGGACUGGCUCUGGCGCGCGUCCGCAUUAAUGUCCAUGCUCUCGAUGCUGGUGUUUAUGCAUUUCGAAAAGGUCAUCUUCCGCUGGGGGGGUCCGUUGACCCUGAUCAGUCUCGCCUCCCCGGUCCUCUAUAUGAUCAGUCGCAUCCUGAUGAUGGGCGAGGCCUUUGCCGCCUUGAGGGCGGAAAGCCCAGCCAUCUAUGAGACCCACAGUCUGUCGAACAGGGGGGUACAUCCGCUGUAGUCCCGGGGGGUUUUUGGAGUAGGAGGAAGGGCCGCUGGCCACAGACCAGGGAUAUCCCUCCGUGGGAGCUGGGUCAGAAGACAACGAGGGAGUUCCUGGGUUGCGAUAUGAUCAGGGACCCAACUCGCGUUUAGAAGGAGGGCAGAAAGCUUCCCUGCGGGCGGGGAGCC